CAACUUCUUCGCAGUUGUAGCGUACGUACACUACAGAUCUGGCAGUGGGGCAAACAGCAGGAAGGGCUCAGAUACGAACAGAAGAAGCAGCUACAUCACUGUGUAGAACCUCGACGAUCUCGAGAGACAGCGCUGGAAUCUGUUCGCGAACUGGUUCAUUGUUGCGACGGGGCGUGCUCCGGGCCUGGUCACAAAUGGAGCGCAAGAAAAUUGUGCACACGCUGGACACUCCCUAUUCCGCCGUUGAGUGGUCAGUCAGCAAUGCAAUCGACGUCCCCAUAACCCACGGUCGCGUGUUCCCGGCGCUCCGUCCGCGAAGCUAACCCUUCGAGAAGGCCGCACGUCUGCCAGGAUGACCAGGACACCAUCGUCGAGCUCCUCUGCCAGUAAGUUCAUUGUUUGUUCCGGUCCGGCUGCAGCUGACGACCUACCCGCGCGCAGUCUCCUGGCUCCCCUAGGAGCGCAUCGAAGGUCUUUCAUUCCGGCUUCCAAGGGAAAGAGGAAACGCUCCAAGCGGGCUCAAAACCGGGAGACGCCGGCAGCGGCUGCUCCAGCAAACCCAGCCCCUCCCGUGCCGGAACUGUCCGCCUAUGUCGAUGUCGGACUCGCCAAGAUCUCUCGCACUUUGCAAGCCAUGUCUCCCAGCAGAGACGAGCCGGGUCUAUUGCAACAGGAGGGAUCAUCUGCCAAACAAGAGGAGCCGACCUCCAGACCGGACGACAGACCGUACAGUGUCGUGUUCGCGGCUCGCUCGGGCCGAUCUUCAGCCUUUCACUGCCAUUUCCCGCAGAUGGUCGCGCUCGCCGCUCGGUCACAGAAGGCGGACGACGCUGUCAGGCUGGUCGGUUUAUCGAAGGCGUGCGAGGACCGGUUGAGCGCCGCACUGGGGAUUCCGCGAGUCUCCAGCAUCGCCCUGCGGGAAGGUGCCCCGCAAGCCAAGGGUCUCGUUGAUUUCGUGCGUGAGCACGUCGCCCCGGUCAAGGUCCCUUGGCUGGAGGAGGCUCAGGCCGCGCAGUUCCUCGAGACGCGAAUCGAUCCCGUUCCGACCAAGAUCGGGUCCAAGAAGCCGAGGUUGUCAUGACCGCCGACGAGCGUGCUCAUGUUGGCUCAGUACCGGGCGUCCGAUGCCACCGGUAGCAGGGCUUGCGAGCUCUAGCAGUGCUAUGC